UGGACGGCGGAGCUGCUGCGCCUCGCGACAGAUCGCAGGCUCCGGGCGCCGCGUCUCCAGGCACAGGGAACCGCCAGGAAGGGCAGGAGAGCUCCCGGGCCAGGCCCCAGCCGCCUCCGCUCCCCUCCCGCUCCAUGGCUCCGCAGCCGCCGCCUCCUGUGCCGCCCUCCAGUCCGGAGGGGCCUCGCGGCAGCGGGUACAAACACCAGGUCAAGGACUAAACAGCACUGCCGCCUCCUCGCUGGCCACUCUCCACCCGCUAAGGAAAGCCGAGGCAGGAGAGACAAGGAGGAAGGAAGAGCGAGCCGAAGCAAGCGGGAAGCCGGAGCUCUGGUCGCCGCAGGACAGUCCAGCCCGGAGGAGGCUGCGCCCGGGGCGGCGGCAGGCGGAGCGCGGGGCGGUGCCGCCGGAUUGAGCCGAGUUCCCGGGCUGCGGCGGCAGAGAGGCGUCCUGGUGGCCCCGGUCGGCCCCGCGCACCUGCCCGCGGCUGGCGCCCCGUACUCACCUGGCUCCCGGCGCCCCCUUCCCCAUCGCCACCGCUGCAGCCAGAGCGGGGCUCCGCGGGCCUGGAGCACAGCCGGGUCUAAUAUGCCCGGAGCCGAGGCGCGAUGAAGGAGAAGUCCAAGAAUGCGGCCAAGACCAGGAGGGAGAAGGAAAAUGGCGAGUUUUAUGAGCUGGCCAAGCUGCUCCCGCUGCCGUCGGCCAUCACCUCGCAGCUGGACAAGGCGUCCAUCAUUCGACUCACCACGAGCUACCUGAAGAUGCGCUCUGUCUUCCCCGAAGGUUUAGGAGACGCGUGGGGACAGCCGAGCCGCGCCGGGCCCCUGGACAGCGUCGCCAAGGAGCUGGGAUCACACUUGCUGCAGACUUUGGAUGGAUUUGUUUUUGUGGUAGCAUCUGAUGGCAAAAUCAUGUAUAUUUCAGAAACAGCUUCUGUACAUUUAGGCUUGUCCCAGGUGGAGCUCACGGGCAACAGCAUCUACGAGUACAUCCACCCCUCCGACCAUGACGAGAUGACGGCUGUCCUGGCGGCCCACCAGCCACUUCACCACCACCUGCUCCAAGAGUAUGAGAUAGAGAGGUCCUUCUUCCUUCGAAUGAAGUGUGUCUUGGCCAAAAGAAACGCCGGCCUGACGUGCAGCGGAUACAAGGUCAUCCACUGCAGUGGCUACCUGAAGAUCAGGCAGUAUAUGCUGGACGUGUCCCUGUACGACUCGUGCUACCAGACCGUGGGGCUGGUGGCCGUGGGCCAGGCGCUGCCACCCAGCGCCAUCACCGAGAUCAAGCUGCACGGCAACAUGUUCAUGUUCAGGGCCAGCCUCGACCUCAAGCUGAUAUUCCUGGACUCCAGGGUGACCGAGCUGACAGGCUACGAGCCGCAGGACCUGAUUGAGAAGACCCUCUACCAUCACGUGCAUGGCUGUGAUGUGUUCCACCUCCGCUACGCGCACCACCUCCUGCUGGUGAAGGGCCAGGUCACCACCAAGUACUACCGGCUGCUGUCCAAGCUGGGCGGCUGGGUGUGGGUGCAGAGCUACGCCACCGUCGUGCACAACAGCCGCUCGUCCCGGCCCCACUGCAUCGUGAGUGUCAAUUAUGUCCUCACGGAUAUUGAAUACAAGGAACUGCAGUUGUCCCUGGACCAGGUGUCCACGUCCAAGUCCCAGGACUCCUGGAGGACCGCCUUGUCUACCUCACAAGAAACUAGGAAAUUAGCUAAACCCAAAAAUACGAAGAUGAAGACAAAGCUGAGAACAAACCCUUACCCUCCACAGCAAUACAGCUCGUUCCAAAUGGACAAACUGGAAUGCGGCCAGCUCGGAAGCUGGAGAGCCAGCCCCCCCGCCAGCGCCCCAGCGCCCCCAGAACAGCAGCUCCAUUCAGAAGGCAGCGACCUCCUGUAUGCCCCAUCCUACAGCCUGCCCUUCUCCUACCAUUACGGACCCUUCCCUCUGGACUCUCACGUCUUCAGCAGCAAAAAGCCAAUGCUGCCAGCCAAGUUUGGGCAGCCCCAAGGAUCCCCGUGCGAGGUGGCACGCUUUCUGCUGAGCACACUGCCAGCCGGCGGCGAGUGCCAGUGGCACUAUGCCAACCCCCUAGUGCCGAGCAGCCCGUCUCCAGCUAAGAGCCUUUCCGAGCCGCCGGUGAACACGGCUCGGCACGGCCUGGUGCCAAACUACGAAGCGCCCGCCGCCGCCGCCGCCGCCGCGCGCAGGUUCGGCGAGGACACCGCGCCGCCGCCGCCGCCGAGCUUCCCGAGCUGCGGCCACUACCGCGAGGAGCCGGCGCUGGGCCCGGCCAAGGUCGCCCGCCAGGCCACCCGGGACGGGGCGCGCCUGGCGCUGGCCCGCGCGGCUCCCGAGUGCUGCGCGCCACCGGCCCCCGAGCCCCCGGGCGCGCCGGCGCAGCUGCCCUUCGUGCUGCUCAACUACCACCGCGUGCUGGCCCGGCGCGGGCCGCUGGGGGGCGCUGCGCCCGCCGCCUCGGCCCUCGCCUGCGGCCCCGGCGCCCCCGAGGCGGCGGCCGGCGCGCUGCGGCCCCGGCCCCCAGGCCCCGCCGCCGCCUCGCCGCCGGGCGCGCCCCUGCCGCACUACCUGGGCGCCUCGGUCAUCAUCACCAACGGCAGGUGACCCGCCCGGGCCGGACCGCGGGGUCCUGGGCCGACCCCGCCUCGCGCAGGGCUGCCUGCGGGGAGAAGCCAUAGGCCAGCCUCUUCGGCUCCCACUUCGCCAAGUCCAGCCGAGUCAGGAGGGGCGAGCUGUAUAUGCACGAUUUAAAUUAAUUUAUACAGAGACAACUAUUUUAAUAGAACUCUGCCGCCGACUUUAGAUUUGUACCGUAGAUGCCAUAAACGCCGGUGUAGAGGACGGAGACACGGCGAUGCUGGGGAGACGUGACCGCCCGACCUUCGUUCUCCGAGAGCCAGGUUUUCCGAAAGGGGUAGCUGAGCGUCCCCGACGUCCCACGUGUGGCCUCCACUACUCUGUCUUUGGGGGGACUUGGUUUCCUGGCGCCCCUUGCCUUGUCCCCGAUGCUCGGUAACAGUCCCUCCGGGGGAUUGAAGGAGCCCUCCGCUUUAAGGAGGAGAACCCGCGCUGAUACAGCCAGCUAUGCCGGCGGGUGGCCGGCCGGGAGACGGGAAGCCUCCGGUACUCAGAGCCCGUUUGGAUUCUUCAGUCAAGGCUGAAUGUGAUGAUUGAAGCCCCGUGAAUUUUGGACAACUCCGCUGUCUUUAAAAGUCAUUCAUAAGUCUCAUUAAAAGUCGUUUUUAUUUAACCCUUUCUUUAAUACGAAAAUCAACAAGCCGAGACCAAGGGGGUGGACGUGGGUGUGCUCCACAAGGCACGAGCUCUUACUGCCUCCUAACCCCUGUGAACUCUUGAUACCACCAAGAAUAGCACCUUCAGAAUAUAUGGAACAGGCAUUAAAUGCAAAAAUCUAUAUAGCCAGAUAUUUUAUGAGAAUGACAUGUGGAUGAUUGAGAUGCCCAAUGGAUUGGCUGCCCCACCGAGUUUGAUGACAAGGCAGAAUCUCUCUGGCCCACACCUGCAAUUCCCUAGGCUCGUGUUUGCUACAAGUAGUGCUAAUAAAGUUAGUUAAAUUGCAUGUGCAAUAUGGAAAAUUGUCAAUGGACUGUGCCUCGUGGAAGAAAACAUGCUAAAGGGAUGUAAUGAAAAUGAUGUAUACAUUGUCUUCAGCAUUUUCUGCAUUUUAUACAGGGCAAGAAAACUCCCUAUGAACAUGUCAUGUGUGUAACAGGUAAACAAAUCUUUUUAUAAAGCACCAGCAGUGUUUUUAAAAUAAACUUCCAUUAAUUUCCAUUUUAUUUUUAUACUUUGCUUCAAGAUUUCACCAUUUAAAAAUCCUACAAUGGCUCUGAAGUGGAUCAGUGUAUUGAACCAGCCACCAUCUUUCAAUCUGCUGCACACUGAACACUCCAUCAUUUUCUGCUUUUUCAAAGACGGUUUACUUUUAGGAAACUAUACCCACCUUUCUGAGUGGAAAGGUUUUUCAUAAAUGUCUUUUAAGUGUCUGUUCUAGAAUCAAAGUUCACCUAUAUCAGCUGUUCUCAAAAUGUGAAAUGAUCUGUUGCCAAGCCAGUAUCACUAUGAGGACCUGCCUCGUCCCCUAACACGGUGUAAGUUUGCCUUACCUUACAAUUUGCAAAUUUAGGAACGUGUGUCUUGCAGUAAAGAGGCAGAGUCGUAAGAAUUGAAUGCAUACACGUCUACGCUGCACUUAGCCAUACGUCAUGAGCAGCUUUUUGGGAGUGUGUGCACACAGAAACUAAGCCUGGGGUAUUAUUUUUAUGCUGACAAGACCCGUAACUAAACCAUGAUUCCUGGACGGUGCAGGUUUGAUGAACAAGAGGAUAUCCCCUGACAUUUUCCAAUAAAGUACCAUAAAAGCUUU